ACUCCAGUGGCUAAUUUUCUUCCUUCUCCUGUAGCCACCAUGGCUCUGGUGUCCGCUGACUCGCGCAUUGCGGAGCUCCUGGGAGAGCUGCACCAGCUCAUCAAACAGACGCAGGAGGAGCGAUCGCGGAGUGAGCACAACUUAGUCAACAUCCAGAAAACUCAUGAGCGGAUGCAGACAGAGAACAAGAUCUCCCCGUAUUACCGGACCAAGCUUCGUGGACUCUACACGACUGCCAAAGCUGACGCGGAGGCUGAGUGCAACAUCCUACGCAAGGCGCUGGACAAGAUUGCGGAGAUCAAAUCCCUUCUGGAGGAGCGGCGCAUUGCUGCCAAGAUUGCUGGGCUCUACAACGACUCAGAGCCGCCCCGCAAGACCAUGCGCCGGGGCGUCCUCAUGACCCUCCUCCAGCAGUCAGCCAUGACGCUGCCCCUGUGGAUCGGCAAGCCAGGGGACAAGCCACCCCCCCUCUGCGGCGCUAUCCCUGCUGCCAGUGAUUAUGUGGCCAAGCCGGGGGACAAGGUGGCCGCUCGCGUCAAGGCUGUGGACGGGGACGAGCAAUGGAUCUUGGCUGAGGUGGUGAGCUACAGCCAUGCCACCAACAAGACCAGCUGGCUCAGGGGGGCAGGGAAUGGGGCAGGGCCUGGCCUGUCGGGGGUGCUGGCUCCCAUGUGCCCCAGGGCCGGGGGGCGGUGGGCCCCGGCGGCUCACGCUCGCUCUCUCCAGCCCCAGGACGAUUACUCGGUGCUCUUCGAGGACACGUCCUACGCGGACGGCUACUCCCCGCCCCUCAACGUGGCCCAGAGAUACGUGGUGGCCUGUAAGGAGACCAAGAAGAAGUGAGGGGGUGGGGCGGAGCUUGGGGGCACCCGUGAGUACAAUAAAGACUUCUCUCCCCUCCCCCA